CUGAGACACCGGCCUGUCCCUGAAAUCCCAAAUCAGAACAUACUGCCACUUCAGGACAGGAGCGCACCACCAGCGCAAACAACCAGCCCUGAACACCUAACUGGCUCAGAAGGUCCCACCGGUGCAAACAGCAUACAGAAAGGCUCCUUCACUGGCUUCCCCUUCCUUUCUUGUUCCGUGUACUUUUACCGCAGCAGUCUCUUGGUAGGCCUUGUUUUUCCAUCUUUUUCUCUGUGAGGAGCAAGACGGAGAGGGAGACUAGAGAGAAAGGCGAGACAGUGAAGCAGGUUGGGAGGAAGGAAGAGGAGAUGGAUGCAAAACAGGCUGAGAGACGGAGGAAGAGAGGGAGCCAAGACGGUCCCAGAGCAGGGAAACGGGGAGCUACACCAGCAAGCUAAAUUUCCCUUCACAGUGAGGUCGAGCAAGACGUUAUUUGACGUAUUAUUUUACUCAAGCAUAUUUGAAGAGUUUGUUCUAAGAUGAGAUACAAAAGUUGAAAAAGUGCAGUCUCCCAGAGUGAUUGUUGUGUUCAAUCAAAACUUGCUAUUGGAGGCUGACAGAGUUAUAAUUAAAACCCCAACACAAUCAAGUUUCUUUCACAAGAAAAAAAAUUAUUGAGAAAACACUUGCCUGCUUGGUGCUUCUUCAGCAACGCACACAGCACACAUGCCAAAUUAAAAAAAAUAGUAAUAAUGCAUUUUCAGCUCCGAUUUUUGCGUCUCCAGUUUUGGUUACCUCUUCAUCAGAUUUUCUUUUUGUUAAAAUUGCCGCUCCUAAAUCAUCAUAGUACGUAUGUACCAAACAUAGAAAAAUGAGAUUCCCUUUUCUACUUUUUCCCAAAUUGCACAGCUCACAGAAGCAGUCUUCCUCCUGAAUAUUUUUAAAUCAACCUUAGUAACCUCAGUUGCCAGAGUCCAUUUCUGUGCUGGAGAGAAUAUUUAAUCUCAAAAGCAAUUUGUCAAGCAAAAAUACCAAACCUUAGGUGUUUUCUGCUUCCCUGUUUUGAGAAUUGUCCCAAAACAGAGAAGUCUUUGGUUUGGGACUGUUGGGAGACAAACAGGCUCUCAAAACUUGCGAUUAAAACUUGCUAGAUUAAUUGAUUGUGAUCACUCUUUAUGGCACUUCAAAUAAAUGCUAACAUUAGUGAUGCCAACAUCUUCUCAGUGCUAAAAUGUUUAUCAUGGUCAGCGUCUUUGUUUAGCAAGUUAGCGCGCUAAGAUGUGCUAAUUAUCACCAAACACAAAGUACAACUGAGGAUAUUACUUUAGAUUACUUUAUAUAUUUGCUCAAGUUUUAGAAUGAAUUGAAUAUUUCCGCUUUCUUGAAUAACCUAACAACAACACUAGCAGCAUGAUGAAUGUAAAGUAAAUAUAAUAUCCCCAAAUUAUGAUGAUUUCCACCCUUGUUGUCAUUCAGACUUGUUAUUCCUGGACUAUAUUAUGAGUUAGUUUAGGGAACCAGUGACAGAAAUGAUGAUGAAAUGUCUGGCGGCUAAUCAGGAUUCAGAUGGUGGCAGUUGUGCGUCCUCAGCGCUCAGUGUUGGAGUAAUAAUAACAAACUGACCUGUAACUCCCUGACUUAAAAGAACGGAGGCUUCAUUCAGAACAAAAUCAAUCUCCUCGCUAACUCUCUGCUGAUGGCGGCUUCUAAGUCGUUUCCCAACACUGUGACUUGAGAGAGCAUCUGGUCGGGAGCAGAUAAAAAAAAAAAAAAGCUGCAUGGUCGACUGAGAGAAACAAAGGCAGGAGCCUGAGACAAAUCCAGUGAGGGAAGAAGAGAGGGAAUCGGACAGGAAUUGAGUACAGUAGUGCCUGGCCUCCCCUCUGUGAGAAUCGCGGGUGCCCUCAAGGUCAGCUGAUAGAUGAUGAUUGAUGGUCGCUAUCUGCCCACCAAGCCUGUUUGUAUAGAGAGCGGCUGUGUUGGAAUGGGUUCUAUCAUUGAGUAAACUGACCUCUUCAUAAAGCCCAGUACAUGCCCUUUGUGUCCUUCUGUAAUGGCCUCAGUUGUUUGGAAGCUUGUAUCUGAAAAGCUUCAUCGAAAACAGUGCAUUCACAUCUGUUUUGGCAUCAGUGCUCAUUUGACUGCCCAUGCUUUUUCUGCGUUUGUCUCAAGGCAUCAUAAUGUGUCUGAGGUGUUUCGAUCUUUGUACGCCACAGUCUGCGUGCAUAUCUGCUUCUCCACCAGUGUGUGUGUGUGUGUGUGUGUGUCUAGCCCCCAUGGCCCUGUUUCCUGGCCAUCACAAUCCUCAGGAGAGGGUGGUGUCAUUUUUCACAGUGACAGGCUGUGGCCCACGAAGGGUGGCCCCGGGUCUCCAGACUAAUCGUGUCUGGCUACAGUCGUCUUCUUCUUCUUCUUCUGCCUCUUCGUCUUGGCUGCCACCGACCACCAACUACAAUCCCUGCAGGAGCCAAGACGGAGAAAUGGCCUUGGCAGAGACUCGCUCUGUUUGAGGCAGACUGAGGAGGAUCGAACUCCCAGUUGGACAAGGAAAAAGCAGAGGCAGAGAGAUAGCUCCACUUCAAAGAACCUUGACGCCUAUUGCUCCCUACGGAGAAAUGUUGCUGUACAACGACCCUGAAAGCACUCUGGACCAAGUUGCUAAAGAAGGGUUGCAGAGGGGUUUUAGGGACAAGCUGAAACAGAAGAAAAAGAGAAAAAAGAUGCCUAAACAGAAAGUGUCCAAGGGAGGAGGGUCUCCUCCUGCUCCAGCUAUCCCAGACUCCGACGAAGACAAAUACUCAACAGUGGAUGAGUGUGCCAACGUUUUGUCGCAAACUGGUUUGGAGCGAAGCUUUGCUGCGACCCCUGAAAGUCUUGCUUUUGGACCAGCUGCUUCUGGCCUUAAGGAUGGGUCUUUAGACAUGGUUGAGUGUGACCUCUACACAGAGCCUGCAGAUGCUCUGGGGGCUGCAACCAGAAAUACACUGCCAGAUAUUUCUCCAUACGCUUGCUUCUAUGGAGCCCCCAAACAUCAGGUGCUCAAAGCUGGUUGGCUGGACAAACUGUCGCCUCAAGGGAAUUGUGUUUUUCAGAGGAGGUGGGUGAGAUUUGAUGGCGAAAGUCUGGCCUACUACAACAAUGACAAGGAGAUGUACUCCAAAGGUAUGGUCCUGGCCAGCGCUAUCAGACAGGUGCGAGGACUGGGUGACAACAAGUUUGAGGUCGUCACCUCCUUACGGACCUUCAUAUUCCGGGCGGAAAGAGAAGGGGAGCGCCAGGAGUGGAUGGAAACUCUUCAGACGGCCACGCGCCCCCCCGCCUGCGGCUCCCAGAUGCGCUCCGACAGCCUCCCCCACCCCUCCUCCACAAACAAGCGAGGCUUGUUGGAGCUCCGUGGUUACAAAGGCAGAGUGCUGGUGUCCCUGGCGGGGAGUAAAGUCAGGCUCUGCAAAACAGAACAGGACUAUAAAGCUGGUCUGGCUAUUGCUGAAGUGGAACUGACUGCUGCCAAUAUUAGAGAUGCGGACCGCAGGGGGUUUGAUAUCAACACGCCCUUCAAGAACUUCUGCUUCACGACCGAGUCAGAACGGGAGAAGGAGGAGUGGAUUGAAGCAGUCCAGGAAUCGAUUGCUGAGACGCUCUCCGACUAUGAAGUGGCAGAGAAGAUCUGGUUCAACGAGGCCAACCAGAGCUGUGCCGACUGUCACGCCACGCGGCCUGAGUGGGCGUCUGUCAAUCUGGGUGUGGUCAUCUGUAAGAAGUGUGCAGGGCAACACCGUUCCCUUGGCCCAAGCAUCUCUAAAGUGCGGAGCCUGAAGUUGGACAGCAGCAUCUGGAGCAAUGCACUAGUUGAGCUCUUCCUGGAGGUGGGGAACAAGAAUGCUAACAGUUUCUGGGCCGCUAAUCUUCCCAUGGAGGAGGAUAUCUACAGCGGGGCUUCGGCAGAGCAGCGCGCCACUUUCAUCCGCAGGAAGUACAGGGAGAGGAAGUACCGGAGGGUCCUGGAAGGCUUUCAGGACCUGGAGCAGCUGAACAAGGCACUGUGUGCAGCUGUGGUGUUGCCUGACGUGCUGCAGACCAUGGCGCUGGUGUUCAGUGGGGCAGAUGUUAUGUGCGCCACCGGGGAUCCGACUGCCUCCACCCCGUAUCUGUUGGCCCAGCGUGCUGGACAGAGACUACAGAUGGAGUUCCUGCACCAGAACAAACUCUCUGAUUUCCCCAUACUGGAGCAGUGGUCAGAGAACACCCUCUUUUCUGACACUUCCCUCUUCAUGGAUGGCUUCCUCUACAUCUCCUCUGGCCCCACUAAGACGACGCUGGACCGCCGUGGAAAAGAUGACAUGGCCCGUCGGUGGUGUACAUUGGAGGGAGGCUUCCUGAGUUAUUAUGAGAGCGAGCGAUGCCCCUUGGCCAUCGGCAGGGCGAACGUCACUGAGAUGGUUAGCCUGGCUGUCAGCCACACAGAGACCAUGACUGGAGCUGGGGCUGUGUUUACUGUGGAGCUCUACCUGCAGACAGAGCGGGUACUGAUUGUUGGAGCUGAAACACAGGAAACGCAGCAUGACUGGAUCCAGGCGCUAACAAAGUGCUUCGUUCCGCCGAAAGUGGAGGGACUGGUGCAGAGGGACAGCGAGCUGAUUGGCAGACUGCACUACAAAGAAGGCCAUGACCUGUACCACUGGAGGGUGGGCUGGUUUAUGCUCGAAGGCUCUGCCCUGCACUUCAGCCCAGGAGAGGAUGAAGGAGAGGAGGAAGUCCUUCAACUCAAACAGCUGCAGGAGCUCACUGUCUCCACACAUACAGAAGGUGAGGAGAAGAUCCAGGUCCUGCUGAUGGUGGAGGGUGGAAGAACCGUUUACAUCCAUGGCUUCAACAAGAUGGACUUCACACUGUGGCACUCUGCCAUCACACAGGCUGCUGGCACAGACAGCAAGGCGCUCAGUGACCAGCAGCUGACUAAAAAUGGUGUCCCUAUCAUAGUGGACAGUUGCAUUGCUUUUGUCACUCAGUAUGGUUUGUGCCAGGAGGGGGUCUACCAGAGACCAGGUGAUCCUGGACAAGUGGCCCUUCUCCUUGAAGAGUUCACCCGGGAUGCCCGUAAUGUGAAGCUGAGGGAUAAGGAGCACCAGCUGGAGGAUGUGACAGACACCCUGAAGAGCUUCUUAGCCCAAGUGGAAGAUGCACUGCUGACCAAGGAGCUGUAUCCGUACUGGGUUUCAGCUUUGGAUGAGAAAGACGAGAGGCAGAGAGUAAAGAAGUACUCCACUUUCAUAGAGAGUUUGCCAAAGAUAAACAGGUCAACCCUUGAUGCCCUGCUCCAACAUCUUUACAGGAUUCAGCAGUGCUCCCACCUCAACCACAUGCCGAGCGAAAAACUGGCCUCUGUCUUCUCCUCCUGCUUGUUCCAGACUCAGGGACAAACGCCACAGGAAGCCAGCGUCGUCCGUGACCUCAUCAGCAACUACGUUACACUCUUCAGCGUCAAUGAAGAACGGGUGCAACAGAUGGAGAGAGAGAAUAGUUUCAUCACACGCUGGAACGACAAGAAGGACACCACAUUUGCUCCAGCUGGGGACUUGAUCUUCGAGGUGUACCUGGAAAAGAGAGGGCCAGAGAACUGCUGUUUAAUCAAGCUCUCUCCAAGCAUGCGGUCCGCGGAGCUUGCAGAAACUGCGCUGAGCAUGAAGAACAUCACCUUUAACGCCCAUGACUCCUGGACCACCUUUGAAGUCAUUGAGAAUGGAGAGUUAGAGCGACCGUUACACCCCAGCGAAAAAAUUCUUGAGCAAGUGCUGGAGUGGAGUACCUUGGACAGCCCAAGCUCUGCUUUUCUUGUUAUAAAGAAGUUUUCAGGCACCAAAAGAGUGGCUGAUGGGAGAGCAUACCAAAAGCAGAUCAUAAAAGGCGACUAUCUGAAGUUCAGCGAUGGAUCCUCCAAACUGCUGUCAGGACACAAAUUCCAGGACAAAUACGUUGUACUUCGCGCAGAGAAGCUGCUGCUCUACAGAGAUAUCAAAGCCACUAAAGCAGAGAAAGCAAUCCAACUCAGCUCUGUGAAAUGUUACCUGGGCCUGAAGAAAAAGCUCAAACCUCCAACCAGCUGGGGCUUCACAGUCUGCACGGAUAAACAGCAAUGGCAUUUCUGCUGCGAGAAGAGGGAGGCGCAGGUCACAUGGGUGACGGACAUCAUCAGGAUGAAGUACGGUUCUGACCUCUGUUUAAAGAACAUUAACUCGAAAGAAGGCGCGUAUCAGAAACCAUCCAGAGUGGGAGCUGUGACUGCAGACCGGAAGAUUCCAAAACCUGAUCCCAGUUUAAAAAAAACGCUAACAGACAGUAGGAACUCCCUUGAAGAUGGCAACCCAAGGUCCCCCAAGGACACCGCUACCCACCAUGAAACGAACACCGCAGACAACUGCCCGAAGCACAUCAACAUGCUCAAGGCCCCGGCAGUCCCGCACAGAACACCCUCUGUGGAUGUUUGCCAGCCUCAACGCCUGACUUCCACGUCUUCAUCCAGACACUCGCAACCCUUGCCUUUGCCAGUUCCUCCUCAGAGUGGCUGUAAGACCGUCAGCCGGAGACCUCUGGGUGGGAAUGCUAUUAUGCCACCUAAUCUGCUGAAUGAACUAAACUCUGUGCUGAGCAAGACUGGUCGCAGUGCCAAGAGCAGUGACUGACAGGACGUGAGGAGAAAGUGAGGUAGUGAGAAUCUACAGCUUGAGCAGUAAGACUGACAUUACAGGGCUGAGUAGAGAGAGAAAGAAAGAUGUGGAGGGUGAAAGAGGAAAACACCACACAAUGCAAAUGGAGCCAAAGUAAGUUGCUUUCAUGAGGGGAGGAAUCAUAGCCUGAGGUGUGCUUUUAAACUUGUAUAUAUAAAGGGAUGUGGAAAACAGGUGCAAGGAGACUCUGGAGGUCGUGCAGACCUCAGCUGGACAUGGCGCUGACCCAAGCACUACAAAACGUGAUUUAUAUGCCGCUCCUCCCAACCCAGAGAACGUUACAAAAAUAUGUUCAGCUGUCAAACCACAGAACCUUCCAGAAACCCUUGCUUCAUGCUUCUGAGUUUCCAGUCUCUUAAUGUGUAGACUACAUCUGGAAAGUACUGUGUUGUUUCAAUCCUCACACAGUGGAGUUAAACUUUAGUUUAAUUGAAUUUUGAAUUAUUAGUGGCAGUGUUCACCAUCUCUGCAAAGAGAUGAGAAAAGUGGAUGAAAGGCCUGCCAGCCAUUAGCUGUGGUUAAUAGACUCAAGUUUUCAUAAUCAUGAGAUGCAGUAUUAGCUGCUGGUAGCGAGCAGUUCUAUGUGUAAUUAUUUAUUUGUAAUUUUUUUUUUUUUUUUUUUUUGUACAUACACAAAUAUUUUAAACAGUUGCCCAACCUUUAUCGCUAACAGCAUUCUCUCUCAUUCUCAUUCUCUUGUGCACCACUGUCAACUUUUAACUUGGCUGCCAUCAGAUGUGAUUUUCAUGUACAGUAUAAAUUAACCCAUUUAACACUGCAGAUUGCUUUAACAUGCACCACCAAAGUUGCACCUUCAUAUUCUGCUUUUUCGUUACUAAAACAAAAUAUUGAGCGUUAAACAGAAGUUUUUACACAUUUGCUUAUUGGUACACAUGCAUGUUAAAAUAUAAAAUAUUGCUGGUCUGGAAGGGCAUGAAUAAGUGAUCAUUUGCUUCUCUGAUUUAUGUUUAGUUUGAAAAGUUACAUUGCCAAAACAUUAGCGAAAUGAGCUCUGAGUGACCACAGGUGUCACCACAUCCACGGAAAUACUGACUCAAGAAGAUGAUUUCCACUUUGGAUGAAGUUGAGCGCAGACUGUGUUUAACUAGAUAUAUCAGACGAAAUAUGUUGCUGACUCCUGUAAAACCAUCAGACUUUGGAAUGUCGGGUUCAGUCAGAAACAGGCCUUGAGCGAUGAAUCAACAAGCUGGACAGAAAAACACUCGUGGCUUUUCUGUUGAAGUUCAGGUGUAAAAUUUACUGUCUAAAAUGAUAUUUUUAAAUUUCCCAAAUAAUUCAAGACACAUUCAAAUGAUACACAUGUGAUGUCUUUAUUCAUAUUUGCUUGGAUGUGGAGUAUUUAUUACUGACUUUUGCUGAGAAAAAACUCCACAUUGAUAAUGUCAGGAGAAAUGCAGAACAGUGGGGCAUCGCCUGAGCGGUGCAUAUUAAAAAUAAUCUAUUUUUGCCAAAAAAAAAAAAAAAAACUCUGGCUAAAAAUGACUUUUGAUGUGUUUCCACAGAAAUGCAGAUGGUGGGAACAAUGGAGAUAGCAGAGGUGUCAGUGUACGAGUGUGUAACAGAAAGAAAGAGACCCAGAAAAUGUUUCAGAGAAAUGAAACUACAGACACACCCCAAAUCCAUCAUAUUAUUACAGCUGGGUAUAAAACAAAAGUAGUGCCUGAGACAUUAACAUAAGAAUGAAGUAAACUUUGUGUAAUGAUAAGCGUGAUAAACAUCAAUGUUGUUUAAUGAUAAUUACCCUCAUUGCUUUCAGGUUUAUUAUGCGCCGUGAUUGGAUUUUUUUUCAUUCAGCUGUUGAUGGCUUAUUGUCUGUGUUCUAUCUGUAUUUUAAUAUUGCAUUUGCUGUCUCCAGGUUCAUAUAGUAAUGCAGUCAUUUGGGCUUUUUGCACCCUGUAAAUCUACUAAAGUGUAUAUAGGGAUUUUCUAUCUCAUUGGAUAGAUUUCCUUCUGCUGUUGUCUCCCAGGAACAUAUCCGCAUGACUUAGCAGGUAGAGCCAACUUAAGCCCAGUUGUGGAUUUCAACACAAAGAUCUUCCAUCAUUGGCUUAUUUGAAUGUAAUUAUAUUGUCAUUUUAUUCAUAGAUUUCAUCAAAUUCUGCUUCCUCUCGAGUGAAAUGUAAGAAUAAACUCCCCGUCUCAAGUCGCA